GCCGCGCACGAGCCCGUCGUCCCAUUCCGCCGAGAGCGCGCGCACUUGACGUCGGCUCGCCGCACGUGUUCGCUCUAUACCCUUGCCAGUUUAGUGUUCGGUUUUUGAGAAAUACAUUCUUGGUUUUACAAUGGUGUUGCACAGUAUUUCCAAGCAAACUUCCUGAAUUAACUGUGGCGAGCGUUUGGAUCUUUCCUCAGAAACCAGCCGGUCAGUGUACAGUGGGUGACACGUACACUCGCAAAGAGUCGGAGGAAGAACGACGUCUUACUUCAACGGAGGAAAGAAGAGGAAGAAAGACAGAGAGAAAAGGGAGCACAUGCUGGUAUACAGAGGCCAUAGCUUGGAGACACCAACAGCAGCAGCCGUAGUCGUAGACGUGCCGCAGCCAUGAGGCCCUGGACUGUCAGGCGAGCCUUGCUGGGCAGCGCCGGCCUCACCCUCAUCAUCUUCGGCGCGGCCCUGUACUUACUGCGACACGCUAUCUUCGGCAAAAUCGUUAACAACGUACUUUCACUAACACCAAACUCUAAAGCUUAUGAGAUGUGGAGGGACACAGACAAGAUGAACACAUACUUAGAUAUUUAUUUUUUCAAUUGGACUAAUCCAGAAGAUCUUCUAGAUUUAAGCAAAAAACCAAACUUAGUUCAAUUAGGACCGUACAGUUUCAGAGAAAGGAGAGAAAAAGUCAAUAUAGUAUUCCAUCCAGAGAAUGACACAGUAAGUUAUCAACAACGUAGAACGUGGUUCCUAGAUAAAUCAAGGAGUAAUGGCUCUCUAGACGAUAAGAUCUGCGAAUUGAACGUGGUUGCAGUUUCCGCAGCAGAAAAGACGAGAUUCUGGCCUUACAUGAUGCAACAAAGUCUGUCCUACAUGCUCGAUCAGUUCUCCAGUAAGUAUUACGUUGUCAAAACAGUUGACGAACUGUUGUUUACCGGCUUCGAAGAUCACCUCAUUUCCAUGGGCAGGAUGUCAGGAUUGGAUGACACUGCCCCACCCUUCGAUCGUUUUGGCUGGUUUUACGAGAGAAAUGGAUCUACGAUGUUUGAUGGAACAAACAAUAUGGCAACCGGUGUAAAUGACAUAGAAAAUCUGGGAAAAGUGUUAAAAUGGAAUUACCAAAACGCAACGAAUUAUUACGAGUCCCCUUGUAAUGCAAUUGAAGGUAGCGCAGGUGAAUUCUGGCCCCCGUACAGGACUACGGAGGACAUCCGACUCUUCACUCCUGACAUAUGCCGACCAGUGACAUACGAGUUUGAAAAGGAAGUAGUUUACAAGGGCAUCCAGGGUUACAAAUUUGCACUUGGCAAGAAAACCCUGAGCAACGACACACGCCGGCAUUAUCCACACCAGCAAUUCAAAUAUGUCGAAUCGAUGACCACUGCGGAAGGUUUCUCUUCUGCCGAUCCAACUGUUAUCAAGCCCCAGCCCGAGAUCGAUAGAGACUUCAAAGAGAUGAAUGAGGGCAAGUGCUACUGCAACGGCGAGUGCUCGCCCAUGGGUGUGCUAAAUAUAACGGCAUGUCGUUACGGUGCACCGGGUUUCAUUAGUUUGCCACAUUUCAAUAGAGGAGACAAAGUGCUCGCUUCGAGUUUCACUGGACUCCAGCCGGUCGAUGAUAAACAUAGUUUCUACAUAACUCUUGAACCGACGACCGGUAUCCCAAUUGACGUAGCUGCCAGAUUACAGGUCAACAUCUUGCUACGGCCGUCAAAAAGCGUGGUAAUGUUCAAAGAUGUUCCUACAUUAUAUUUCCCGAUGUUCUGGUUUGAAAUGAAAGUUGGGAUCCCAGAUGACAUGGUGGGAAAUUUAAAGUUGUUUCUAAAUUUAACAACAAUAUUGAUGAUCACUGGAUUGGCGCUAGUUCUUAUUGGUUCUUUCAUACUCUUUGGAGUUGCUGCGAAUUAUUAUGCCAAUUAUCAACACCAGUUUACACAGAAUAAGCCCAAUGGAGUGGACAUGUCACAGGUAAAGACCGAAGUUGUAUACAUGGACAAAGCUGGUACUAGCGAGGAUACUCAAACAAGAACUGACCGUCGUUUGCACCCAAAACUUUAGCCAACGUGUUGUAAUGUGAAAUCGUUCACAAUGAGAAGAAAAAAUACUUUUCGAAUCGAAAUGUUCAUCAAGUUUUCACGCAGCCCUGGUUUUUUCAGUGCUUUCACUGAAAAACACUCCAGUACAACAUCUGUGAAUAAGUGAAUUGCAUUCCAGUGUUAAAUGUGAUUUUAAAUUUAUCAAAGAUAGUUUUGUUAAUAAUCUGAGAGAUGAUAAUAUCUGCAUCAGUAAGACCCAAAUAAAUCAUGACAUGUACAUCGUUUGAUAACGAUGUUGUAAGAGACUGAUUUUAAUCAGAAAAAAAAGUUAAACAAAAAAAAGAACAGUCAGUGUCACUGACACAAAGUUUUGCCAUACAUGCAAAUAAAUUUAUAAAAUUGUACGAUUAGGUUAUCUUUAUUCCACUGACAAACUGAUUUUUCAUUUUAUUAUAAACGUAUUCGAACAAUGCCUUGCAGCAGAAUUUUAUAUAAAUUGACAAUUUUUAAAAAAGUUGGUUAAGCAUAAAUAUGUAAGUGAGAUGUAUGAAUAUACAUGUACUAUGUAUAAAAACUCUUUAAAUUAAAAUGACUGUAAUUACUACAAAGCCAACAAUCAAAUAAUCUAAAUUUAGUCGAGUAACCCAACUAUCAAGUUAAGUAUAUUUGUGUCUAAAUGAAAAGAAAAAAACAUAUUUUCAAGUGUAAAUGUUGUGAAAAUUCUUUGUAUAAAGUUAGUAUUGGUUUUGUAAAUGCGAUACACAGAGUUUAUGAUUGAGAGUGUAUUGUGA